AGUAACUUUCACGCUCUAAAGGCGUUGUUUUGUUUUUCGGAGAUUGUUCAUAAUAAUAUGACAACUGAGAGCUACGGAGAUUUUACAACACCAAACACUACGAUAACUAACGUGGUAGUCCAAGAAACAUCUGACUUGUUGAAUGUUAUCAUUCCAAUUGUUUCAGUUUGCCUUUUCCUAGCUUCUGUUGUAAUUACAUAUAUUAUUGAUGAUCCUGGUAUCAAAACUCUGAAAAAUAUUACACCUGAGGACGAUUUAAAGCCCAUAUCGGAAUCAGACAAGAAUCAUCUAAGGUAUCUUGCAGAACGAAAAUUGUACGUUGACACAAAGGGCCACACGUUUUCGGCGUUUACCCCGCAUGCUGCACCAGAAGCCACAGUGCAUGUUACACAUGACCAUGCAGAUAAUGCAGAGUGUGGAAGACGUCGAGCAUGUUCUGAGUCUCAUACUCCAAAUGUUGGUGAGAUCAACUCAGAAACACAGAUAAUUUUGCAACACAUGCUAAUACGCGCAGGAUACCCACAUAACAAUGCUGACAGCUUGUUUUCUGGGAACUCUAUCCGUUCAAGGCCUGGAUUUCACAACCCAUUCUCUUCCUUGAAAAAGUCAAAAGCCACGGAAAAUGAAACUCAGAAGUUGGAAGAAGACAAUCCGAACUCCCAGAGCGGCUUUCAGUGCUAGUGUUCUCUUUGUAACACUGCUUUAAUUUCUAUCUACGACUACUGCAUAGACGGAACACGCCAGAAUUUUGAAGCUAAAGUACCGAAGCAAACUACUUUUAUUUCAUUAAUCAUAGCUAUUGCCAUAUUCUAACUUACUGAUUUUUGUUCUGCGUCUGUUAACACUUUAAAUACAAAUCUGCUCUCAUCUCUAAAUCUUUCAGUUUUGCGCUUAAUCCAUGUGUGUGCGACACAGUCCAAAAUUUGUCCCGUGCAAAACCAUAAGAUUUCGCAAGAUUCCAAAGUAACAAUCAUGACCUGUCUGCCACGUAUGCUGCAAAAUUGCCAAGGUUUCAUUAGCAAUAGAUUCUUAAUCCAUGUGUUUGUUUGGCAUUUGAAUUGAUCGCAUUGACAUGUGGAAUAUAUCAUCACUGCCACUUCUAUUUAUCAUAUAGAUCAAAUAUCCUGUAGCAACGCUAUUUGUCAAGGGACUAUUUUUGGGUACUGGAGAUCUAAUUUGUUGAAAGCGCUGGUAUGACAGUGAAUGCUAACUUCACUUACGUCGUGGAGGUCAUCUUUACGUUUAUAGUUUUAAACUGUAACAUAUGUGAUCGAUUCGACUUUUCUGCACUGCCCGCCCCACCCACCUAUCAAAUUUAAACCCCUGUAACUUCCGCACCCUUUUACUUUUACCCUCCGUGUUUGUACUCAUUCUGCUCGUCUCUUCAAGUUCUAUCGAUUGAAAGCUUUAUUAUCAUCUCAUCUUCGGUAGCCUUCGUCUUCAAAAGUAACCACUCUCCACUUCGUCAUCCCCACCUCUAUUUCGCUGGCUAUUUCGCAUCACUGUAAUUUUCACAUUUCUUCCUCUUUUACCGUUGUUCUUGGCAUCUUUCGACUCCUCUGAUCGAGAUCUGUAGUUUGAUUGCCAUUUUGACACCGUAUCUCUGACAGUUUUGACUUUUGAUUAUCGACAUCCUCCCAUUGCGUCCUCAUUAUACUCAUUUCGUUGCCUUUCUCGAAGUGUUGUAUCUGCCACAUUUCUUCACCUCUUCCGUUGUUCUAGGUAUUUCUCGACUCUUCUCUCCGCGCUCCUUUGUUCGAUAGUCAUUCUCACGCUGCAUCUCCUUCUUAUUGGUUUUGAAAGAGGACUCUUUCAUAUCACCUCCUUCCGUUCUUUCUGCUUCAAUCCCAAAGUGAUUACGUGGAAUAUCGUAUAACAGUACCUUUCUUUUCGUUUGUUUUUAUUUCUGUUUUGUUUCGUUUUUGUUUGCUUUGUUUGAUUUUGGUUUAACCAUUUGUCAAGCCACGGGUGAGGGCCUAUGAACGGUCCGUGGCACAACUAACAGUUCAUCGUUGGUUGUCCUCCAAACUCGAGCCUGCGAUACCGCAAUCUCCAGUCAUGUCAGCUAUGUCAAGCCAACCCUCAUCACAAUCCAUGGCCUCUGCCAUGAUUCAAGCUGACCCUCAAACAACAGCCUCCUGUUCUCCUUCCUUCAUCUCCCAAUUGCCAGCAGCUCAUCCUUCGCCCCUCACAUCCAAUCCGUCAUCACCUCACUCCAUGCGGUCCAAUCAAUCCCUAUCCUCAAUGGUAUCUCCAAGAUUCCUGUGUAUAUACUGUCCUUCAAACUUCGCUUCUCCGAGAAUUUUGAAGCUAAAGUACCGA